AUGGAUGGGUAUACGGAAACAGUACUGCAUGUACCUACGGACUACAGGAUAGAGAAAAAGGGCUGCAAUUGGACAGCCUUCAAAGCCAUAGUAAUAAAAUCAUCCUCAUUGAAUAAUAAACCUCAAUAUCACGGAAACUUCUCCAUGUUCAACGAAUCCUCAACAACUCCAUCGAAGAAUGCGCAACGGAAGGCUCCGCCCGGUUCGACAGUCUCCGAAAUGGCUCCAAAGGGGACGACGCAACGCCUGAGCCUGAUUUCCAGACACCUGGACCAGCGCCUACCGUUGCCUGACCUUAAUACUCCUUUCUCGACCGAGAGGACUUCUCGUGAACCCGACGAUAUCGAAUAUAAACCCAUCGACCGCACUGUUCCCCCUCCACGUUUUGCUAACUCUCCUAUUGACCCCCCAUCCCAAUCGCCCCCCACCAAGAUGUCAUCCCAAGCUCCUCACAACACCCUCCUGAUCCCAGGACCCAUUGAGUUCGACGAUGCCGUUCUCCAGUCCAUGUCCCACUAUGCUGAGAGCCACGUCGCUCCCGGCUUCGUCAAGGUCUUUGGCGAGACCUUGACCCUCGUUCGCAAGCUCUUCCAGUCCACCAACCCCGCAGCACAGCCUUUCAUCAUCUCCGGUAGCGGCACCCUUGGCUGGGAUAUCGUGGCUUCGAACUUACUCGAGAGGGGAGAGAAUGCCCUGGUCCUGCACACCGGCUACUUUGCCGAUUCCUUCGCCACAUGCUUGGAAACAUACGGUGCCAACGCUACACAGCUCAAGGCACCCAUUGGAGACCGUCCGUCGCUCGCCGAGGUUGAGCAGGCGCUCAAGGAGAAGCCCUACAAGGUCGUCACCAUCACCCACGUUGACACCUCGACCGGUGUCCUGAGUGACAUCAAGGGUGUGACCGAGGUUGUUCGUCGGGUUAGCCCGCAAACCCUGGUCGUCGUCGACGGUGUUUGCAGCGUUGGAUCUGAGGAGAUUGCUUUUGAUGAGUGGGAUAUCGACGUUGUCCUGACUGCCAGCCAGAAGGCGAUCGGCUGCCCUCCCGGUCUCAGUAUCUUGAUGACCUCCGGUCGGGCCAUCGAGACCGUCAAGUCGCGCAAGACCCCUCCGUCUUCGUACUACGCAUCCAUCAACAACUGGCUGCCUAUUAUGCAAAACUACGAGAACUUCAAGCCUUCUUACUUCGCCACCCCUCCUACCCAGCUCGUUCACGCCCUGCACACUACUCUCUCCCAGAUCACUGCUCGCCCUCUGGCUGAGCGCUUUGCUAUCCACACCCAGGCCUCUGAUCGUGUCAAGGCCACUGUCGCAGAACUUGGUCUGUCCCAAUUGGCCGCCAAGCCCGAGAACCAGGCCCACGGUAUGACUGCCAUCUACCUGCCCGAUGGUCUGGCACCACCCGAUGUGCUGCCCGGUCUGCUGAAGCGUGGCGUGAUCUUCGCAGCUGGCCUGCACAAGGAGAUCGCCACCAAGUACAUUCGUUUCGGACACAUGGGCGUCAGCGUCACUGACCCCGCCCGUAACGAUAUUGACAGGGCCAUCGCUUCCCUCAAAGAGGCGCUCACUGAAGCCAAGCAGGCCAAGGGAUUGUAAAAGAAUUUACCAGGUAUAGAGAUUAAUGAUUUUCUUUUCAUCCCUUUUGCUUCAAAAGGAAAGAAUUUUAAAGAAUUUACGAACCAAACAUGGGUUAAAUGACAAAUCCAUGAUGAUAACAAUCAAAUAUAUAAAUUAAAUCAAUUUUCCCAUCAAGACCAAUCCGUAGAGGCCUUUGUAGUUUGAAUGCGGGGUCUGGG